AUGACCCGAAGCGACGACGUCACGCCAACCCCGGCUCUGACAGGACGAUUACUAAGAGCGCUGGGGCUCCCUUCGUCUCCUCUUCUUCCUCGGCGCCAACGUCUGCAGCGGGGCCUCCACCGCCGCGGCGUUUCCACUUCCGGCUGGACUGCCACCGAGACUACCGACAACGACACCGACACCACCGACGCGAACGCGCUGGAGCUCAUCGCUUGGCCGUACUCUGCUGCGCCCGCCGCCCCCGCCACAGACCCGUCAACGCCGAGAUCAUCGACGCCGACGACAAGCGAUUGCUGUUCUCCUAGUUGCGAUUGCGAUUACGACCCCUUUGGGACAACGACCCGGCGGCGGCAUUCUCCAUCAACGCCACUCGAGAGACCACAAGGCCACAGGCGAGCUAACUCUCUCGACUCAACGACCACCACUUCUUCAAACGAUUCUUCCUCUUCAUCCUUCUCAUCGGUAUCUUCGCGCUCCCGUUGGAAUCCGUUCUCUUCCACGACCGACGAAUUGACCACCGUGAACCGACGAGUCAACGGCGUGGACGAUAAAAGGACCGCCGGCUGCGCUGCCAUCAUUUUCACAGGCGCCACCUAUGGCGCAGGCUUGAAGACACAAAAGGAAUGGAAAGAGGAACGACAAAGCUUCUGGGAGUCUCCAUACGAUGAGCAAAUUUCUCUCCUGCAGGGCCAGCGUGGCCGGUUAGUUACAGAGCGCCGGAAGUGGGAAAGAAAGCUCGAGUAUCUGGAUGAGAGGAUAAAAGAGGGGGAGGCUAAGAAGCCAGAAGGAUAA